GGGAUAGGUGCUCGGCGGUGAGGGUCGCGUGCCCGCCUGCCCUUGCGCUUUGAACGCUGUGCGCGCGCUGUCAGUGCCGUUGAGGACCCGCUCUAUGAUAUUGGGCGCGAACCGCGAGCGCUCGGUUGCGGGCGUCGGAUGUCAGGCGGCGGGGGUCAGACACCCGCUCUCCGGGCGGCUGGGGGAAGGAAGGGAAGAGGGGGGGUAGGUGGGUGUGUACUCCAUCGCGCUGUACACUGGGACCGUAAUGGCGCGCGUUUAAACUCACUGCUAUAGUACGGGGGAGUCAGCGAGGAUGAAAAGGUUCACUAUACACGAUAAAGCGAAGGAGAUUAAGAGGCAGAAGCUGUUACGAGAGAUUGAAGACCGAAAGCUUCCCUAUAUAACACCCAAAGAUGUCGAGUUUGAAGAGCUGUCAAAGGCUAAAUAUUCCAAAUUACACUUAAGACAAGCCUGCUGUGUACCUGACGAUAUUCAUCAAAAAGCUCAGCAAGGAUUGACAACUCUGCAAGAUUACAAAUGUUUUGCACAAGAUCUUGUUCAAAUAAAAGGCAAAGAUGUUCUUACGCCCGUUUAUCGACUACUUGUUGGAAAUCCAGGCCACACUUAUCGUUACUUGAAUACAAGGCUGUUUGCGAUACCUUGGCCUGCCCAUGGUGUUGAGGUGAAGUACAGCAACAAUGAAAUAGGUAAAGCCUGCCAAGCUAUUAAAGAUCUCAAUGAAUACUUACAUGCGGAAGCAGUGAAGAUUUUGGUAGAUCAUUAUUCUGCUGCGGAUGAGGAAAUAGGAUCUGUGGAGAAAGCAACAACUUCUUUAAGUGAGGACACUGAAAGCGGGAAAGGAGUUCUUAACAAUCAAAAAAUCAAUAUUAAUACUGUGUUAAAAGAUAGAACUUCCUUUAAUGUGGCUCUUUUGAACUACAUGGACCCUUCAAGAAUGAAAUACCUAAAAGAGGAACCUUAUUUUGGUAUGGGAAAGAUGGCUGUGAGUUGGCAUCAUGACGAGAACCUGGUGGAAAGGUCAACGGUUGCAGUGUACAGCUACAGCUGUGAUGAUUUAGGACCUGCUUUGGAUGAAAGCAACAAGAACUCAGUUGAGGGCAGAGACCCAACACUUUGGCAUAUUGGCUUAAAAAUAGCCUGGGACAUUGAAACACCAGGUCUGGCAUUGCCACUGCACCCUGGCGACUGUUACUUUAUGCUUGAUGAUCUUAAUAUGACCCAUCAACAUUGUGUGCUGUCUGGAAUGCAAUCUCGAUACAGCUCUACCCAUAGAGUGGCUGAGCGGUCAACUGGUACUUUGGACUAUAUCUUUGGACGAUGUGAUGUAGCCAUGAAGAACCUGCAAAAUGAUUCAGUGCUGGGCAUUUCCUCCCUAAUUUCCUUAGAAGUUGAAUUUGUGAGACAAACAGAAGAGAUCCACAAUGAGGUGGAGUUUGAGUGGCUGCGGCAAUUCUGGUUUCAAGGAAAACGCUCUGCAAAACAGUGUGAUUGGUGGUUUGGACCCAUGGCUGAGCUGGAGAAUGCCUGGAAAAAAAUGGAGCAAAUGACAAAGCUCUUGCUGUGUGAAAUCAAUAAGGCCGAUUGGAGUUUAGAGGAAAAGACGCAAAGUAUUCGCUGCCUGUUGCCACUCCUCGAGGAGCGACAAGAAUUAAGAAAGAUCUGGGUGGCAAGGUGUCAGUCCAGACUUGCCAAUAAUCUACCCAUCGACGAGCAGCCAGAAUGUCACCCUCACUGGCACCAUGGAGAUGCUAAGAUGCCUCUUCCUUUUGACCUGGAAGAAAUUAUUUCACUUUUGAGGAGCCAGCUUGGGCCUGAAGAUGGAGACGAAAGGAAAUGAAAUUUCUUUCCAACUCCUCAGCUGAGAAAACAAGGGAGAACCAGACUUCUACUUUCUGAUUGAAAGCAACACUGUCACUGUAAUAAAAGAUUGAUUUUCCUUUUAAA